GGCGGUGGGGACUGAGGGGGCGAGUCCGUGAGGCCUCUCCGGAGAACGGCGGCAGGGUUUCCGGAAGCGGCAUGUGAGGCCGAGGGCGCUGGCGAGGGAGGAGGAAGCGGAGGGGGAGAACGGGGAUGGGCCAGCAGGUGGGCCGCGUCGGAGAGCCAGGCACCGCCGCCGCUGCUAUCCAGCAGCCGCCUCCGCCGCCGCCUCAGCAGCAGCAGCAGCCUCCGCCUCCCUCUCAGCCCCAGCGGCUCCGAGGCAGCAGCAACAGCAGCAGCACUGGGACUGGCAGUGGCGGCUCCAGCAGGCCUUCCAGCCGCAGGAGAGAGGCCUCCGCCGGCGGCCCCCGAGGCGCAGAGAGCGGCUUCAACGUCUUCACGCAGCACGAGGCACUGCACCGCCCCUAUGGUUGUGACACUGAACCCCAGGCACUGAAUGAAGCCAUCAGAUGGAGCUCCAAGGAAAACCUUCUUGGAGCCACUGAGAGCGACCCCAAUCUUUUUGUUGCACUUUAUGAUUUUGUAGCAAGCGGUGACAACACACUCAGCAUCACCAAAGGUGAGAAGCUACGUGUACUUGGUUACAACCAGAAUGGUGAGUGGAGUGAAGUACGCUCUAAGAAUGGGCAGGGAUGGGUGCCAAGUAACUAUAUCACCCCAGUGAACAGCCUGGAGAAGCAUUCCUGGUAUCAUGGACCAGUAUCACGCAGUGCAGCAGAAUAUCUGCUGAGCAGCCUCAUCAAUGGCAGCUUCCUAGUUCGAGAAAGUGAAAGUAGUCCAGGACAGCUGUCUAUCUCGCUCAGGUACGAGGGACGUGUUUACCACUACAGGAUCAAUACCACAGCAGAUGGCAAGGUGUAUGUGACAGCUGAAAGCCGCUUCAACACACUGGCAGAGCUAGUUCACCAUCACUCAACAGUAGCAGAUGGCCUGGUGACAACCUUGCACUACCCAGCACCAAAGUGCAAUAAACCCACCGUCUAUGGAGUAUCUCCCAUCCAUGACAAAUGGGAGAUGGAACGAACAGACAUCACCAUGAAGCACAAGCUUGGAGGAGGACAAUAUGGUGAGGUGUAUGUUGGAGUAUGGAAGAAAUACAACCUCACAGUUGCUGUGAAAACACUCAAGGAAGACACUAUGGAAGUGGAAGAGUUCUUGAAAGAAGCUUCUGUUAUGAAGGAAAUCAAACAUCCGAAUUUAGUGCAGUUAUUGGGUGUGUGCACUCUGGAGCCCCCCUUUUACAUAGUGACGGAAUACAUGCCCUAUGGGAACUUGCUGGAUUAUCUGCGUGAGUGCAAUCGAGAGGAGGUGACCGCUGUUGUCCUUCUAUAUAUGGCUACUCAGAUAUCUUCUGCUAUGGAAUACCUGGAAAAGAAGAAUUUCAUCCACAGGGAUCUUGCAGCUCGUAACUGUUUGGUUGGAGAAAAUCAUGUGGUGAAAGUGGCUGACUUUGGAUUAAGCAGAUUGAUGACUGGAGAUACAUACACUGCUCAUGCUGGGGCAAAGUUCCCUAUCAAAUGGACAGCACCUGAGAGUCUGGCUUACAACACAUUCUCAAUCAAAUCAGAUGUUUGGGCCUUUGGAGUCUUGUUAUGGGAGAUUGCCACCUAUGGAAUGUCACCCUAUCCUGGCAUUGACCUCUCUCAGGUUUAUGAUCUGCUGGAAAAGGGUUAUCGAAUGGAGCAGCCUGAAGGUUGUCCCCCAAAGGUCUAUGAACUCAUGAGAGCAUGCUGGAAAUGGAACCCUCUAGACAGGCCUUCAUUUGCUGAGACUCAUCAAGCCUUUGAAACUAUGUUCCAUGAUUCCAGCAUCUCUGAAGUGCCUCUCGUUAGCACCCAGAUCUGCUUUCCUCUUCCCUUGCUGCUCUCUGUUCCAACUAUUCCCCUGAUGUUUCUUACAGAAGUGGCAGAAGAACUUGGAAGGACAGCAUCUUCUUCAUCCAUAGUUCCAUAUUUGCCCCGAUUACCCAUGCUUCCUUCUAAAACCCGGACCUUGAAAAAACAAGCAGAAAACAAAGAGAAUAUUGAAGGAACCCAGGAAGCUGUAGAGCAUUCUCCUUCCAGCUCUGCACCAGGUUUUAUUAGAAGCACACAACAGACCAGUGGAUCCCCAGCCCUACCUCGCAAGCAGAGAGACAAGUCACCUGGUGGCCUGCUAGAGGACACUAGAGAGACAACUUUUACUAGAGACAGGAAAGGUGGUUUCUUUAGCUCCUUCAUGAAGAAGAAAAAUGCACCCACACCUCCAAAACGCAGCAGCUCAUUCCGUGAGAUGGAAAAUCAGCCUCACAAGAAGUAUGAGUUGACAGGUAACUUUUCAGGAGCUGGUCCUUUGCAGCAUAUUGAUGGAUUUUCUUUCACCUCCUCCCAGCAGGAUGGGAACCUUUGCUCAUCCAAGUGCUACGUUGGGGGCUUUGCACAGCGGAACUUCUAUGGUGGUGAUGAUGGUGGUGGUGGAGGCAGCACUAGCAGUAGUGGAAGCACGAGCACUGGUAGUGGAUGGUCAGGCAUCACAGGUUUCUUCACCCCACGGCUGAUUAAAAAGACAUUGGGUUUACGAGCUGGGAGGCCUGCUGGUGCUGAAGAAACUUCAAAGCCUUUCCCUCGGUCUAACUCAACAUCUUCAAUGUCCUCAGGUCUUCCUGAGCAGGAGAGAAUGGCGAUGACCCUUCCCAGAAAUUGCCACAGAUCCAAAGUCCAGCUGGAAAGAACAGUGUCCACUUCCUCUCAGCCAGAGGAGAACACAAGCAAGCCCAGUGAUCUACUCUCUAAAAGGUGUGAAGAAGUUCCUACUUUGACCAGAGACAGACCAAAAGCCAAACUUCUGUCAAGAGGUGCUACAGCUGUUCCCCUCAAGAUCCCUUCUGUAGAUGUGGCUAUUUCAGAGAAGGAUUGUCAGGGGUCAACAGCAACCCUGAAGAGCAAAGAGAAGAACAGUGGGACAUGGCAAGGGUCAGUAGAAGGUGAAGAGAAGACAGGCUGGGCUUCUCCAGCGAAGGCCGCAGCAUUACUACCAACCACUCACAACCAUAAAGUGCCCGUCCUCAUCUCUCCCACUCUAAAGCAUACUCCAGCUGAGGUGCAGCUCAUUGGCACAGACUCUCAGGGGAAUCGGUUCAAGCUCUUAUCUGAGCAUCAGGUUACUGCUACCAGUGACAGGGACAGGCCCCGACGGAUAAAGCCAAAGUGUGCUCCACCACCACCACCAGUCAUGAGGCUCCUACAUCAGCCUGCUGCUUGCUCAGACACAACAGAUGAAUUGAAUAACGGAGCACUGGUACAGCAGGGGCAGGAAUCCAAUGAGAACAACAAAAAGACAGCAGCGGCACCUGCUGGUGGGAAAGCUGGAAGGCCUGUUAUGCCUCCACCUCAAGUGCCUCUGUUAUUAUCCUCCUCACCUGCCAAAAUGGCCAAUGGCACAGCAGGAGCCAAAGUAGCGCUGAGAAAGACCAAACAGACAGCAGAGAGAAUCUCAGCAGACAAAAUCAGCAAAGAGGCACUGUUGGAAUGUGCAGACCUUCUCUCAAGUGCCAUUGCAGAGCCCACCACAAACAGCCAGCUGGUGGACACAGGGCACCAGCUCUUAGAUUAUUGCUCAGGCUACGUGGAUUGCAUCCCCCAAACACGCAACAAAUUUGCCUUCCGGGAAGCUGUGAGCAAACUGGAACUCAGCCUGCAGGAGCUGCAGGUGUCCUCAACGGCUGCUAGCGUGCCUGGGGCGAGUCCUGUACUUAAUAACUUAUUGUCUUGUGUUCAAGAAAUCAGUGAUGUUGUCCAGAGGUAGCUACUGUCAAACAAUCUGGUUAGGAGGGAAAAUGUACACAAAGUGGGAGGGAGAAGGGUCAGGAUGACUACUUCUGAUAUGUGAGUAUGUGUGUUUUCUUCUCCAUUAAUGAUUAUGAAAAGAGAGACUGAUACUUGAGUAAGUUUUAUGUGAAGUACCUCAGAUCACUGAGCUCUCAUGUUUACAGGUUCAUCUCAAUACAUGGGGCAGAUGGGAGGGUUCCAAACUUCAUGUGGUCAGACAGUUGCAGCUGAGAAGGGCAGAAAGUUAAGAAUUUGCUCUGGCUAGAAAGCGCACCUGCAUAAGGAGAGCUUGUGCUUUCCUUCUGCUUCCAGGAAGUUGAAACAUUGACAACAGGGCCUUUAUUUUGGAAGGACCUGCUGUGCUCUGUGAUGCUACCCAACUGACCAGAAUUAUUGAAGGAGGGGUGAGGGUUCCUUUUCUGCACUACUGCAUGCUUUGACUUCCUGAGAUAUUGGCAGAAAAGUUCACAGGCUCCAUCGAAACUGGAGUUGACAGACCUUUUUUCAAGAGGGAAUAAAUUAAUUCUUGGGAAAGACCAUUGGAUUAAAACGACAGUUGGAACUUCAGGAAGUUGAUGCACUAGCCCACCUGGAAGAACUUCCACAGUUCAUUUUGCUGCUGUAAUCAGAGAUGCAAAAACAAAAGAUGAGCUGACGUAUGAAACACAUCCCUUUUUGUCAUUGUCCUCACAUUUUUUUAUCACUCGCACAUUCACUCCCUCACAGCAUCUGCAGUGAUAGUUGGGCAGAUUUGCAAUUGGAUUUCACACAAUCACAGCCUGCACUCAAACUAGCUAUCAUCACCAUUUGGGUAGUGUAGCAUAGGUGUCUAAUCUGGAAAUCACUUCAGUAGUUUGGGGCUGUAGCACAAUCUAACCAGCGUAUGUCUAAAAGUUGUUAAAUUUUGUCUGUUUUUGAACUUUGGUGCAACACUGGCUCCUUCUCCUUCAGUAAGCCUUAACCCCUGGAUCAAAGGCACUGCAAAAUGCUGCUGAUGCUGCUCUCUACAUUCCUUAUUUAUAACGCUGAUCCUAAUCCAGAUACACUUCUAGGGGGCACUUGAGGCCAUAGUGUCUAUUGUUAGGAUUACAAAAAGGCCCCUGGAGGACUUCAGUGGUGACAUUGAACAUUCUUACUCAAAUCUAGAUAUUUUGUCCUAUUCAGAAUUUCAAUAUACAGUUUGGUUUUCCAGGAAAUGCUCUUAAAUAUGUAGCAUUACUGGAGGGAACAAUACAGCAGGGUGGAAGUGUGCCCCCUCUCCCUUUGUACACUUGAGAGUGUGAUAAAAGUCUAGCAAAUUCUGGAGUUCAGUCCAGGGCUGAGGUGUGGGGGUGGGUAGAUGACAGUGUUCACUUGCUGAAGGUCUGUGUGCUCACUGUUUUCCCAUCAGACAAAUAGUCUUGCAUGCCACAGAUGCCCAGUUUAUAGUUGCCCCUGUCUUUCUAAAGUGAGAGAAUUGAGAACCAAUGUGGAGCAUCUGCAAUAACAAACUGUUUGAAUGAGGGGGAGGGGGGAUGCCCCCUAUCAUGCUGACCACUGUUGCCAGGUAAAGUGUAGGAGGCAUACCUUGGUCACCCAUUCUGAUUUCAGAUAUUCCCACUCCCCCCCCAGGAAAUCCCCAGCUUUAGACAAUGUCCACACAUGAUCUGCCUGUUUGAUUUAAUUUGUAUAGUGUAAGUAAAGUCUACCAUAUGCUGCUAUUUGUGAGACAUCUCUUUUAAGACAGACAAAAACAUGAAACCUCGGACCUUUGUCCAGUAUGGUGUGUCAAAAUCUUUCCCUGACACAGCUGUAUUUCUGCUUUUUGCUAUAGCUGAGUUAGGUACACUGAAAGGAUAAAAGCAUUUCAGGUUUUUGUGGAGAAUAAUGUAUAUUGUUUGGGAAGGAAAUGCUUGUUCUCCAAAACCUACCAAAUGAACAUAAAAAGUUAUUUUGCACCAGUCUAGGUGUCUUUCCAAGAUCUACUUGCUGGGGAGGAAGGGAGUUUUUGUUUAGGACCGGUAUGCCCCUUUUGCGCCAUGCUCAAAUUUUCACCCACGUUUAUCAGUACCUUCUUAGCCUGCAUUAGCAGCAUUGGUCAAAUAUUUUUCAGGGUCUGAUGUGCUCUGCACCUUAAACUUGAUUAAACUUAGCAUUUUUUUUAAUUUAAAGUAUUGCGAUUUUUAAAAUAAUUAUGUUGUGUGACUUAUUUUUAUAUUGAGCCCCCGACAGUGGUGGAUGGAUGUACAUUUGCCAGUCUUUGGGGCUUUCUCUGUUUAAACAAUGUUCUCCCAGAGUUUGUGGGAGAAUAAGAAUGUCAUUAACUCUGACUAAUUAUUUGCUGCGCUAAUAGGUGCAUGAUGUUGGGGAAAAAUUAAAGGGACCAGAUUGCUUCACAAUCCAGGCUCACUGAAUCAAAACUGGGCACAUGGAGGUUAAGGGCCUGGCUACACAUUAUAUGCAUGAAAUGAAAAGUGGGGAAACACAUCUUGAAUAUUUCUCCCUCCAUAGAUUUCAUGCUUGUCUCUCCUGAGUGGUAAACCUUCCCGAAGAAUCUUGGAAAGAGAAGCGCAGGAACAGUCAGUCACUAAGCUGGGAAACAUGUGCCUUGAAAGAGAAGCCUUCCUUGGACAGGGCUUGCUUUCCAGGGUUCCCAUACACUCCAUUCUCUCCACCCCAACUCACCAGACAGCCAUUCAACAUUCCCUGGUCACUGAGAGCAUGCUCAGUCACCAUUGGGCUGUUUGGGGGUUUUCCUGUAUACCCUCCCUUAAGGUUUUUUAAAAGUUUUUUCAAACUGUGGAAACGUCCCUCUUAUGUGUGUUGUCAUUGCCAUUUUGAUUCAGCAAGUAAGAACAUUUAUAGAAUUGCUAUUGUGUAUGUGUGAAAAAGGCAAGGAAGAAAGGUGGCCAGUGUGUCUUACUUCCCUGUGCAUGAUUAUGAACUAGCCUUCUGUAGUUCAAAGAUAAUCUGCUGCACACCCAUGUGCCAUUGUUUUGACACCAGCAGUCAUCAUUUGUUGGAUGUGGUGUUGCAAUCCAACAACAUUUCAUCUUGAUCCUUGCAACGUUUCUUGGAAUUAAUGAAGUAGAAAUUUACUUCUGGCUUAUUCCAAACACAGCAACUCAGUGUCCUUCCUCAUCAUUGAAUAAAAUGUUGCAUUUAGAGAAGGCUUGACAGUGAUGCAUAAGAAAUGACUAUCAUUUUAUACUGUAUUCACUAAAUAUAUUAACAAAAUUGUACAAAAUUAAAAGUUGCAAGAAUGAUGCUAAUGUAACAAGAAGUCUGAUAAAGUGAUCAUAGCAGUC